AUGUUUCUCUGGCUUGCCAGUCUUCUCUUUGCAAGCUCUGCAUUGACGCGCGAUAACUUCAUUCGCACAGCAGAGCAACUCAUCGAGCUUGGUCUCUCCGAGCUAGGCUACGAGUACGUUAACAUGGAUGAAUGGUGGUCAGCUGCGGAGAUUGGCCGUGAUAACAAAACCUUGCGACUAAGACAUAAUGAGGAAACGUUCCCUGGCGGCUUGAAGUCCGUCGCUGACGAUGUCCAUGAACUUGGCCUCAAGAUUGGAAUUUACGCAGACUCCGGUACUUAUACCUGCGGGAAGCGAUCUGGCAGUCUUUACUAUGAGGAGAUUGACGCCAUGACUUGGGAUGAAUGGUGCAUGGAUUAUGUCAAGGUCGACAACUGCAACAUACCCGAGACCUGGGCGCAGGACCUUUGGAAUGGUUGUCAUCCAGACUAUGAUCGCCCGUGGGGCCAGAACGGCACCUGCGCCGAUAUGACUCGCCAACCCCCCGAGUGGUGGAACUGGAAGUGGUCUUCGCAAAAGGUUCGACAUGACCGGAUGAGGGACGCGCUGGCCAAGUUAAAUCGCACCAUCGUUCUCAGUAUUUGUAACUGGGGCCAGGCGCACGUCGAGCAAUGGGGCAACGAAACGGCCGUGUCUUGGAGGAUGACGGACGACAUCGACGCAAACUGGGUCCGAAUUAUCGAGAUUCUGGCGUACAAUACGUUCUAUUUAAACUAUGUGGACUUCUGGGGUCACAAUGAUAUGGACAUGCUGCAAAUUGGUAACGGAAACCUGUCCCUGGCUGAAGCAAGGACGCAUUUCUCGCUUUGGGCAGCCCUCAAGAGCCCGCUUUUGAUCAGCACGCCGCUCGAGGAUUUGAGCGAGAGAGAGCUCGCCAUUCUCAAGAACAAGGACCUAAUUGACUUCAACCAAGAUCCGAUCUUCGGGAAGCCCGCGACACCCUACAAAUGGGGUACUAACCCUGAUUGGACCUACAAUAAAACAUUUCUUGCAGAGUUUUAUGCUGGUCAGUCUUCACAAGGCUUUUUGGUCCUGAUGUUCAAUCCCUUCAACAAUACCGAGUUCAAGGUUGCCAACUGGGGUGAGGUGCCAGGUCUUCCUGGUGGCUUCAGCUAUUGGGUCAAGAACAUGUGGUCCGGUGAAGACAUCGGGUGCAUGGAGAGAGUGUCGAUGCAAGUUGGCCCACACGAUACAGCGGUGCUAUUAGUAGGAGGGAAAUGCUCAGCGCCGUGA